AGGUGUGCGUGUUCCAGCUCAGCCAUUGGACGAACGCUGUCCCUUUUCCUCCCCGGCUUCCGCUUUCUUUUCAUACGCACGCACGCCCAGCAACUGAAUAAUGAUAAUAAUGAUCAAGAUGGCUACUACAGAAUCCUCCUUGCGGUAGCUAACAGCGGCUACAUGGAAGCGCUUAAAACGGCUAUUUCUCACUGUUUAAGUCCUUCGUAGGUGACGGGGGCUCUGCCAGGGAUUAUACUAUAUGGAUUAAUACGGGCUGGAAGGAGAUACAAGUCAUCGCGCACUCAUUCUGAGGAAGAUAGCUAGCUAGCAGAGCUACUAGCUAGCUCCACUUGUCGACCAUCUCCAGGUUUAGCUAGCUGCCCGUUUCGCGCUGCCCAGCCGUUGGACGUAGAACGUAAAAAUAAAUGGCAGAGCCGAGGAAAGUGCCGUUCGUCACCAUCUCGUCCUUCAGCACCUCGCCGCCGAGCUCGGAGUCCAGCAAGAAACGCCGACGCGAAGACGAGGCCGUGGUCGACCUCACUUUUGGGAAAGAUGGAGGUGGAAGUGCCGCGGCGGUCGGGUCAGGAGGUGGCGGCGGCGGCGGCGGAGGAGGAGGAGGUUUGUUUGGGAACGUUAACCCGAAAGGCGGCGAUGCAGAGACCGAGGAUGGGAAGCCAACCGUCCGCCUCAACCUCCCGCUAGCCGAGCCGAAUGAUCGGGGAUCCUCAGAGUUCAACUACGGCGAGCUGGUCAACACAACUCUCACUCAGGUAAAGCAUGCAGCAGGUUCAACAGUCCCCAAAGGCCUCGCCCCCCCUCUGGACCCCAGCGACCCCUUUGCUGACGACGACAGGGAGCGACGGGAGGUAGAAGAGCUGGCCAAGAAGUUUGAGAACAAAUAUGGCGGUGUCCCGAAGAAGAAGAAAAAGGACAGGAUGCAGGAUCUCAUUGACAUCGGCUAUGGUUACGAUGAGACGGACCCUUUCAUAGACAAUUCAGAGGCCUACGACGAGCUGGUGCCUGCCUCUCUCACCACAAAACAUGGCGGCUUCUACAUCAACACGGGCACGCUGCAGUUCAGAGCGGCGUCCGACUCUGAGGGGGAAAAUGGCGGCGCGGAGGAUCAUCGCUUCAAGAAGAUGAAAGAUGGCGAGGAACGGGUGAUAAAAAAACGUCGGAAAAAGCAAGAUGGUGGAAUUCUGGAGGACAAGAAACCCAGGAAGAUCAGAGUACCAAAGACCGGAGUUUCAGGGCUGAAUGUUCAUCGGCCGGAAAAGAAAAAGAGGAAGAAGCUGAUGAAGGAUUCCAUCCACCUGGCCAACAUGCUGCGUCGCUUCACCCGGGAGAAGGAAGAGAUGCGCAAGAAGAACCUGGCUGCUGCCGGUCUGCCGCGUCCCGCCGGUCUGGCGCGUCCUGCCGGCCCGCCGCGUCCCGCCGCCAAAGUGCCCAACGCCAACAGCGCGCUCCUCAACGCACAGUCCAAGGCUGCUGGCAGCAACGAAUGCAACAUGGCCGACCUGGCCACCGACCCGGCCGUGAUGUCGCUGCUGGGCACGGCCAAUAACGACAUGCUGCAGGACAUGAUGGGCGACCUGGACUUUGGCAUGCUGGACUCUCCUCAGCCCUCCAGUCCUCUCCAGGGAGAGAACGGCGCCUUCGGGAUGGCACAUAAAGCGGGAGGCAGCCGAGUGUCCCAGGGUAACAUGAUAGCCCCCCCCCCUCUGCCCAGCGGACUCCCAGCCUCGCUCACAAAGCGCAUCGAAGACCUGAGAGCGGCGUCCCGUCUGUUUGAUGCAGAAGGCAGGAAGAAGUUCUUCACACUGGACAUGAACAACAUCCUGCUGGAUAUUGAGUUGCAGGUCCAGGAGCAGCCGGCGGAGGUGCGUUCAGUGGUCUACUCCCACCUGGAGGUCUUUGUGCCCUGCAAUAAAGAAGCUCUGCUCAAACGCCUGAAGAAGCUCAGCCUCAACAUACAGGACGACCGGUUUCGAACGCCCCUGCUAAAGCUGAAACUGGCCGUGUGCAGCAUGAUGCCGGAGCAGAUCGCUCGGUACAACAUGGACUGUAUCGCUAAGGUGGCAAAGCAGCAGUCGGGGGAGGCAGAGAAGAACGGGUCGGAGGACGAUGACGAGGAGAAGCCAGGGAGGAGGGUGAUGGGUCCUCGCAAGAAGUUUGUCUGGGACGACAAACUCAGGUUAUUGCUGUGCAACCUGGUGCGGGUGAAGGUGGGCUGCCUGCAGCAGGAGAACCUGGGAACGCUGGCUCGGGAAGAAAAACUCAAAACCUUCCUGGAGACGGAGGUCAAACCUCUGUGGCCCAAAGGCUGGAUGCAGACCAGGAUGCUGUAUAAAGAGAGCGAUAUAGCUCAUGGUCACUACACAGGCUACAGAGCAAAUAAAAGGAUGGUCUCUACUCCCAAGGCCAAGCCAAAGGAGGCCGUGUGGGUUCAGCGGUCCGUACCCUUAGCGGGCGCCACUCCCUCCCCUGCUGCCCAGGUUGCCAAGCGACCGCCUCAGUCUCCGUCUGAGCCCAUAUGUCUGGACUCCCUCGACGAGGAUCUCUCCGCUCCCUCCCUUGACUCCAUCUCCAAGGCCCUGGCCAUCCUCGGCAACGCUGCCAAGGGCCUGGCGCACGGAGACAGCCCGCCAUCUCCGGACGGACCCAAGAGCGCCGGCAAGCCGUCGGCGCUCCACACCUCGCCGCUCGUCCAGCAGCAGAAAAACAACUCCAGUCCCAGCUCCAACGCACCUCACUACAUCUCUACCUCUUCGUCCCCCUCCGGCGCUCUGUCCCGGCCUCUCUGCGUCACGUCGGCGCCGCUGCCCUCCGUCAGGGUGGACGGGAUGGGCGCCGCUAAGGGCAGCGUGCAGGCGCACAGACACUCGGUGCUGAACGCUCAGAGGACUCUGGCUGUGGGCGUGGCUAAAGCCAACAUGCCGGCCUCGGCGUCGCCGCCUAAACCGCGUCCCCCGCCCACCGCGUCUCCGCUCGUGGCGCCGGGGUCAAAGACGGGGGGCCCCGCGCCGGCGUCCGGCCUUCUCAAAGGCAGCAAUAACAAACCCAACGGCGGCGACACGCUCGUCAUCGCCUCGUCGCCUCAGGCUCGGCCGCACGCCCUCGUUUCCCCCCCGCACAUGAGCCCCAAAACCUUCCAGACGCCGCGCCUGCCCCACACCCCCCCGCAGAGUAAAUCCUCGCCCUCCCCGCUCUCUCAGACUCUCUCUGGAGUUCAGCCCCAGCCGCAGUCCAACUUCAUCACCCCCAUGCACGCCACGCUCACCAAGUCCACUCACAGCAGCAUCCCGCCCAUCGUCAAACUCACCUCCCGGCCCCUCAACCCCGCUGUGAUCACCACCACCGCCGCCUCCCCCUUCAACCCCCAAAGCUCCCGGUCUCAGGCAACCCCCCUCCUACACCAGUACUCUCCCAAAAGCCCAGCGGGCUUCCGCCUGCCGUUCUCAGGUGCCCAAGGAGGAUCGACCAAGCCGGGGCAAGGCAGCUACACUCUGUCAGGCAGCCAGAAGACCCCCAACAGCAACAGCACCACCAACGCUAGCCUUAUUAACACCAUAUCCAUAAGCAAGCAUUCAGGAUCCAGUGCCUCCCCCACGAUGUCCUCCGCCAACGCAGGCCAGCGUCAGAGGACUGGGGGCGGGACACCUCAGGGGGCCAAGCCAGUUGCGUCUGUCAUAUCGUCCUCUGUCUCUUCUCACUUACCACAGGUGUCCACGGCGGGGCGCGGCAGCCUGCUGGGCUCAGCCUCGCCCCUCCCCCUGGGGUUUGGGAUGCUCGGGGGCCUGGUGCCCGUGUCCCUGCCCUUCCAGUUCCCCCCCCUGCUGAACCUGCCUCCGCUCGGCACAGCGAGCUCCAGCACUGCAGCCGCCGGCGCCGCAGCCAAUAGCAGCGCAGCGUUCUCCACCCUGACGCAGAAUCUCUAUAAGAGUCUCCAGUCAGGGUCUCAGGUUGCUCUACCUCCUCACUUGCAGCUCGCUUUCUCAGAUGUCAGUCAGAGCCAGGCAGGAGACGCCAAGAGGAAGCCUCUAUGAUGCAGCUUGGACUCCAACGCCCCUGGGGGGACGCUGUCCAAUGAAAUGGCUUCGUGGUGGUGGGACAGAUCGUGAUGGCAAAUGUGACUUUUGGGCGACAGAUGGACAGACCACUCGUAGCGGCGGUCUGAAAGGAGGGACUGGCUUACAUUAAGAUACUCGAUCUGAACAAAAAGAUCAGCUCAAGUUUCAUCAUGAAUACCACAGUUCAAUAUAACUUUUUUUUUUUUUUUAAGGAUUUGAUAGCUUUUAAAUACUAUUCUUCAUAAAAUUGAUAUGAAAUAAUGAUGACGAAUACAGUUUGUCAAUGUUUACAACAUAGACCUAUAUCACUGUGGACAGGGUGUGUGUGUGUGUGUGUGUGUGUGUGUGUGUGUGUGUGUGUGUGUG